AUGUACUGUGAAGAAGUCUCACCAGGGAUCCAAGGAAAGAAAGUAGACAUACUAAAAGCAGGCCAUCAGCAUACAGUACAGUCUAAAGUAAAGAAGACAAAGCUUCAUGUUAGUAGUGAAGACAGUAGCAUUAAUGCCAUUGACAAGGAUGCUCCUGUGGAUGUCUCAGUCUUUGACAUCACUCAAAUUGUGAAAAGUAAUGGUAUUAAGCAGGACUCUGAAGUUUUAGACAAUUUGGACAAAAAUAGUACAAGUUCUUGUGAACUUCACUCAUCUACAAAUAGUAAUAGCAGUAUUGACUUUGACCUAAUUGAAAGUGAUAGGCUUCACUUACUAUUGUUUAGGAGGGCUAAAGUAUAUAGCUUGUUGACUUUGACCCUAAAGCCUCUCAAGGACUCUGUUGAGAUAACUGUCAAAGUCUCAGAUAGUGGUAAUAAAGGCAAAAAGAAGAAGGUUGGGGACCUAGAGAUCAUCAUCUAUAAUCUCAGGAAUACUACUGUCUCUAUAAAGCAGCCUAACAACUGGAAGAAGCUCUAA